AUGAGUUUCGCCACCACCGUAACACGCCAAUCGUCCUCCCGCCCUUCUCGGUCGUCUCGCCAGUGCAACGUUUGUGGCCGAUCUGGACACGACGCCACAGUGUGUUACCGGGUCAAGGUCUGCCCCCAUUGUAACAAAACGGGUCACGAUCCACGUCGUUGUUUUGAAGUUGUUGGCUACCCUGCCGGUUGGUCCAGCAAGUCUCCGGCGGCUCCAUCUACCGGCGCAACUUCGGCGGGACAAGGCCAAUCGAUCGACACCUCCGCGUCUUCUGCUGGGAAUAAUCGCAGACUUCUUCCUUUAGUCUCUGCCAAAGCUAAUUCUGCCUCUAUUAUUGGGGCAAAACCUAUUGGGCCCGGUCCUGUUGGGCCACAUGUUGCUAAUUCUAUCCAAUUUGGUUCUUAUGGGAUUAAUUCUGCCCCCGCAUCUACAGUUCCCAUUUUCUACGCCACCUGCUUUUGGGACUGA